AGAUUCAUGCAUAUGAGCGACUCUAGGGAAGAAAAAGAAACCAAUAAUGGACUACACAACACUUAUGCUACUGAUAUCCAUUAUGUGGACAAUAAUUUUCUUCUUCCUCACAAGCCAUAGAACCAAAACCUCAAAAUCAUCCAAGCUUCCACCAGGUCCGCACCCUUAUCCUAUCAUUGGAAACAUCUUAGAGUUAGUUGGCACAAACCCUUUAGAUGCAUUCACUAAACUUUCAAAAAUUUAUGGACCUGUAAUGACUCUAAAAUUGGGAACAUCAACCACCAUAGUGAUUUCAUCUCCACAAAUAGCGAAAGAAGCACUUGAAACAAAUGACAUAGUUUUUUCAAGCAGGACAGUCCCAGAUGCUGCAAAGACACUUGGUCAUGACAAAGUUUCACUUGUAUGGAUGCCUCCAUCACCCAAAUGGAGGAGUCUUAGAAGAGCUUGUGCCACAAAAAUAUUCUCCCCUCAACAACUUGACUCAACACAAUUUCAUCGAAAGAGAAAGGUUCAAGACUUGCUUAAUUAUGUGCAAAAGUGUUGUGAGAAAGGUGAAGCCUUGGAUUUUGGUGAGGUUGUUCUUGCAACAGUAAUGAAUUCCAUAUCAGAAACUUUCAUCUCAAUGGAUUUGUUUCAUUACUGUGAUCCUAGUAAUGAUGAUGAUAAUAAGAAAUCAAGGGAGUUUAAGGAAAUGGUGUUUGGUAUUAUGGAAGAAGUUGGAAGGCCUAAUGUUGUAGAUUUUUUCCCUUUUUUAAAAUUGUUUGACCCACAAGGUGUUAGAACAAGGAUGAGAAAUCACUUUGAGAAGUUGCUUGCUUUUUUUUAUGAGGUGAUGAAAGAAAGAAUGCGUUUAAGAGCUUCUGGUGAAUCUAAGGAAUACAAAGAUGUGUUGGAUUCCUUUCUGGAUCUUCUCAACGAAGAGAAUUCCCAAUUGUGUCGUCAUGAUGUCUUACACUUAUUUACGGAUUUAUUUGUUGCUGGAAUAGACACAACAUCAACCACAAUGGAAUGGGCAAUGGCAGAGUUGUUACAUAACCCAAGUAAAUUGGCAAGGCUUAGAAAGGAGCUUGAACAAAUACAUGGAAAAUUUGGACAAAUUGAAGAGUCUGAUGCAUCAAAGUUGCCUUACCUAAGGGCAGUGGUGAAAGAAAUAUUACGGCUUCACCCAUCAGUUCCAUUUUUAGUACCCCACAAAUCAAAGGACGAUGGGGAAUUAGGUGGCUUCAUGGUACCCAAAAAUGCACAAAUUCUAGUAAAUGUUUGGUCAAUUGGAAGAAAUUCAAGCAUUUGGGAUAACCCAAAUUCAUUUGAACCUGAAAGAUUUUUGGAGAGUGAAAUUGAUUUCAAAGGUAGAGAUUUUGAACUUGUUCCGUUUGGUGCUGGUAGAAGAAUUUGCCCUGGAUUACCUUUGGCUUCUCGGUCCAUUCACUACAUAAUGGCUUCUCUUUUGCAUCACUUUAACUUUAAGCUUGCUGAUGAUCUAAAACCUGAUGAUAUGGAUAUGAGUCAUAAGUUUGGAGUUACAUUACAUAAAGCUCAACCUCUUCGAGUUGUACCAAUCAAAGCUUAGAUGGUAAUAUCUAAGAUUCAAUCAAGAGAUAUUUUAGAAUAAUGUUAAAUAAGUUUUUAAUAUAAAAACAUUUAGAAAUUUCGUUUUUAAUCCUUUAAAAAACUUUAAUGAUGUGAUCAGGUUCUACAAUGAGAUUUUCUUCUAUUAUGUGUUGGUAAGACUCUUCGUUCUUGUUCAGCAUAAUUUUUUUUAUCAA